GUUGACUGACGUCAUCCAUGAAGUCCAGCGGCCCCGCCUCUUCCUCUUCUUCCCCCCCAUAUGAUCGUCAUUCUCCACACGGCGUCUCUCCGCGGCCAUGGUAACAACACCGUCUAACGGACUACUGCAGACAACAACAGAAACAAGUGCUUUUCUUUGAGUUCCAGCACAGAGACAUUGUCCUCCAUUUAAGAUGAACCUGGCAGAGAUCUGUGACAACGCUAAGAAGGGCAGAGAGUAUGCUCUGCUGGGGAACUAUGACUCCUCUAUGGUCUACUACCAGGGAGUGAUCCAGCAGAUACAUAAACACGGCCAAGCCCUCAGAGACCCUGCACUCAAAGUCAAGUGGCAACAGGUGAGACAGGAGUUGUUGGAGGAGUAUGAGCAGGUGAAAGGCAUUGUGGGAACUCUGGAGAGUUUUAAGGUGGACAAGCCAGCUGACUUCCCCGUCCCUCAGUCUGAGGAGGGGCCUAGAGACCCUGCAGUGUGGCCCCCACCCACACCUGCAGAGCACAGGGCCCCUACUGCAGUGAAGCGUCCUAACAGUGGGGUGAAACCCCAGCAGAGGAAGGACUCUCCAGGUAUGCAGCCCAGAGGGGCUCCAGGAGGGAGGGGCCAGACUAACCCUAAAACAGACCGCCCUGCCCCCAGGGAUGCCCCCCGAGGCACCAAGGUCAGAGACGACAAGGGUAAAAAGGCUGUAGCAGAGGGAGCAGGGGAUGGAGAGCUGAAGAAGUUUGAUGGUUCGGGGUACGACAGUGACUUAGUGGAGGCACUGGAGAGAGACAUCGUCUCCCGCAACCCCAACAUACACUGGGGGGACAUUGCUGACCUGGAGGAUGCUAAGAAGCUGCUGAGAGAAGCGGUGGUUCUGCCCAUGUGGAUGCCAGACUUCUUCAAGGGUAUACGCCGACCCUGGAAGGGUGUGUUGAUGGUGGGCCCACCAGGGACAGGGAAGACCAUGCUGGCUAAAGCCGUGGCUACAGAGUGUGGCACCACCUUCUUCAACGUAUCCUCCUCCACACUCACCUCCAAAUACAGAGGAGAGUCUGAGAAACUGGUUCGCCUGCUCUUUGAGAUGGCGAGAUUCUAUGCCCCGACCACCAUCUUCAUAGAUGAGAUAGACUCCAUUUGUGGGAGUCGAGGGAAGUCGGACGAACACGAAGCCAGCCGCAGAGUCAAGUCAGAAAUACUGGUACAGAUGGACGGUGUGGGGGGAGCUUCAGAGAAUGACGAUCCCUCUAAGAUGGUGAUGGUUCUGGCUGCUACUAACUUCCCCUGGGACAUCGACGAGGCACUACGGAGACGACUGGAGAAGAGAAUCUACAUCCCACUGCCUACAGCUGUGGGUCGUGCUGAGCUGCUGGGGAUCAGUCUAAAGGAGGUGGAUGUGGCUGAUGAUGUGGACCUGGCUCUCAUCGCUGACAAGAUAGAUGGAUACUCUGGAGCUGACAUCACCAACGUCUGCAGAGAUGCGUCUAUGAUGGCUAUGCGUCGGCGUAUCCAGGGCCUCUCUCCAGAGGAGAUCAGAGCUCUGUCUAAAGAAGAGCUUCAGAUGCCUGUCACCAUGGACGACUUCACAAUUACCUUGAAGAAGAUCUCCAAGUCUGUCUCCGCUGCCGACUUGGAGAAGUACCAGGCCUGGAUGGAGGAGUUUGGAUCUGUUUAGAGAGAGGACACAGCACCAGGAGUGAAGAAAGGACUGUAAGAGCAGAGUGGGAGAGGAUCAGUGGGGAUUGGAGGGGGAGAGGACCAGUGGGGAUUGGAGGGGGAGAGGACCAGUGGGGAUUGGAGGGGGAGAGGACCAGUGGGGAUUGGAGGGGGAGAGGACCAGUGGGGAUUGGAGGGGGAGAGGACCAGUGGGGAUUGGAGGGGGAGAGGAGCGUGGGAGAGGACCAGUGGGGAUUAGAGUGGCAGAGGACCAGGAGAAAGAGACAUGUAUGUGAAGUGUAGAGGAACUAGAGGAGGUUGUGACUGGUGAAGAACUAGAGGCCAAGAGUGUGAACCAAGAGGAUUGAAGUGUGUAAAGCGGAGACGAAUGGACUGGAGUGUUUGGCUGAGAUUUAAAGGGUACAUCUCAAUAGUCUAAAGUUGCUUCCUCUCUUCGUCCCCUUGUCUACUUCUCCUUGUCUCUUCGUCUCCUUGUCUCUUCGUCUCCUUGUCUCUUCAUCUCCUUGUCUUCCUCUGUAUCUGUUGGUCCCUCCCUCCCUCCACUCACUACUCCUCCAUGUGUCUGUGGAGAUGGAGUCUGUCACUGCAUCUAAAAUGGCAGCCUAUACCCUAUAUAGUGCACUAGGGGUCUGGUCAAAAGUAGGGCACUAAAUUAGGGAAUAGGGUGCCAUUUUGGAUGCAGCCUGUGAAACUCUUCACAGACGCCUUGGACUGAUACUUGAAUGGACACCUACAGACACUAUCCACCACACACAUUCACCAGGAGAUGAACUGUAUCUGGACAGGUUGGUUGAAUGGUUCAGCUGUUCAUUUGACCACCUAGCUAUCACAGUGUCUGGAAAUGUAGAUAAUAUACUGAA